AAACCACUGUUCUCAAUCUAUUUAAUUCGAAAACUUUGAACAUACGUGAUACUUUCUCAUCUCAACCCCCUAUAUUCCCAUCGAUUCUCAUCAAUUUCCUCACUCUUAGUUGAUUUUUCUAAACCCUUUAAUUAGAUGACUAUGACCAUGUCAAGAGUGAUGUGUAGACCAACGCAGCCACUGAAAAACGUUCCUACUAAUACAUCCAGUGGCCAAAACCAGAUAAUAAGGCCAAAAGAGAAGGUGGUGUUGGUGAUGGGAGCAACCGGAAGCGGCAAAACGAGGUUGUCGAUCGACCUAGCCACAUGUUUCCCAUCAGAAAUCAUAAACUCCGACAAAAUGCAAGUCUAUUCGGGCCUCGACGUUGUCACAAACAAAGCAACAAAAGAAGAACAACGUGGGAUCCCUCACCACCUGCUAGGGACACAGAACCCCAACAAGGAGUUCACUGCCUCUGACUUCUGCGACAUGGCGUCACACGCCAUUGAAUCCAUCACAAACCGCGAGAAGGUUCCAAUAAUUGUUGGAGGCUCUAACUCAUACAUGGAGGCCCUUGUGGACAAGUUCGGGACACGUUACGAAUGGUGUUGUCUCUGGGUGGAUGUUUCCACGCCCGUGCUUCAUUCCUACGUUGCGCAGCGCGUGGAUCAAAUGAUUGGUGGCGGAAUGGUGAACGAGCUGAGACCCUUUUUCAGUCCCAACGGGGAUUACUCGAAGGGGAUAAGAAAGGCCAUUGGGGUGCCGGAGUUCCACGAGUAUUUUCGGAGAGAAGCGUUUUCAAGCACCGAAAUGAGGAUGAGGUUGCUGCAGGACGCGGUGAGGGAGGUGAAGAGGAACACGUGCCACUUGGCAUGCAAGCAGCUUGGGAGGAUUCAGUGGCUGAGGAGUGUUAAGGGAUGGAAGAUUCACCGUGUUUGUGCCACUCCCGUGUUCCAGAAACGUGGCCAGGAAGCGAAUGAUGCGUGGAAGAACGUUGUGGCACAGCCGUGUGCCUCCAUAGUUUCCCAGUUUCUCUAUAGUGCCAAUGCUGUUUCUGGGAGAGUGCCAGCUUCUUUGCAGCAAAAUAGUCAUUAAACCAACAUGGUGUGGCACAUGCUUCUAAAUCACGUUUGCAAUCUCGUCUUGAUCCUUCAUGUCUCGGCAAAUGCAAUCUUUGUGUGAUUGCAAUGACUCCAAAAGCUUUUUAUGUUGCCCCACUGCAAUUGUGAUUAUAGAUCACAAUUUAAAAUCAUGGUGUGAAAUUGAGUUAUUUGAUAGAUACCUUUUUUUCUUAAAUAUUAUUUCAAAGUUUAAUUUUUUAAUAAAUCUAUUAGAAGAGUUUAACUCUUCCAA